AUGUAUUUCUUUAUCUCUGUUUAUAUUGAUCUUUUGUUUUAUCUUUAUGCUUUUUUUCUUUCUUUCUUUUUCUUCCUCAAUUCCUUUGCGUUUCUAUAUUAUUUUUGUUUAUUAUUUUCUUUUACAUUAUUUCUUUCUUCCUUUUCUUCCUCAUUUUCAGUUUUUUUUUCCCACUUCUUUUUCGCUGCUCUUUUCAAUAUUAGCAAACUUUUCUCGCUUGCACUUUUUUUUUGUCUUUCUUUACUAAACUCUGUUUCCUUACUCUUUCUUCUUUUUUCUUUCUUUUUUCUUUCUUUCUUUCCUUCUUUCUUUAAUUCUUUAUUUAUUUGCUUUCUUUCUUUCUUUCUUUCUUCUUCUAUUCAAUUUCUUUCUUUUUUUCUUUCUUUAAUUCUUUCUUUAAUUCUUUAUUUAUUUGCUUUCUUUCUUUCGUUCUUUCUUUCUUUUUCUUCUUCUAUUCAAUUUCUUUCUUUCUUUCUUUCUUUCUUUCUUUCUUUAAUUCUUUAUUUAUUCGCUUUCUUUCUUUCUUCUUCUAUUAAAUUUCUCUUUCUUUCUUUCUGUUAUAUUUACAAAUUUCGUCUUUCGCCUGUCCUAUAUUUUUUCCUGUCUUAUGAAGUUCGUUGUUGCUUGUAUAAUUGA